AUGCCGGAAGCUGGACCCAGCAGCAGGCCCGACGGUCCAUCGCACCCCUGCCCGUUCGAAGGAUGCAACAAGAGCUACACCAAGGCAUCCAAGCUCGCACAGCAUAUUCGAAGUCACACAGGCGAACGUCCAUUUGUCUGCGACCAUCCGGGAUGCGGUGCCAGCUACAUGAGGAACGAGCAUCUCAAAGCACAUCAGCGCCGCCAUCUGGAUCCAUCGGAAAAGCCGUUCGCCUGCGGGCAAGAAGGUUGCGUGCUAAGAUUCUGGACGUCGAGCCAGCUCAAAAAUCAUGUGCAGGCCUGCCACGCCGAUCACAUGUCCUCUGCCACCGGUGCGAGCGCUCAUGACUACGUUUGCACUGAAAGUGGCUGCGACAUGAGUUUCGACAAGCGUAAGCAUCUGCGCCAACACAUUCGCGAACAUCACAGUAACGCUUGCACACCGGAUCGUCAAGAUGUCGAAGGCAGUGUAAAGAAAGAGCAAGAGCAAUCAUCGACCGCCGCUGCGCUGCCUUUUGCAUGCCAAUUUCCAGGUUGCGGCAAACUCUUUGCGACCAAUUCCAAACGCAAGACGCAUUAUCGCACGCACGAACAGGGUCGAUACACCUGUUUCAUGGAUCAUUCACAGCCACAGCAGGACGAUCAAAGCCAAGAUCAAGGCCAUUCGAUGAUAUAUGUCUUCCCCACCUGGUCGGCAUUGCAGGCGCACAUGAAGGAAGCACAUCCACCAAUAUGUCCCUGGCCUGGGUGCGGCAAGCAGUUCCAACGUCAGGACAACCUCAGAGCCCACUAUCGACGGCACGAGGAUCGAAAACUACGACUCGAGAUCGAGGCAAGGCUGCUCGAAGGCAGUCACGAGACUGAGCUCAACCAUCUUCGUGCCGACUUGUCCGAUGAUAGCUAUGAAUCUAUGACGGAAGAUGAGCCAGAGGAUGACCCUGAGUUGCCAGCAGGCAACAUAGAGCUAUCAUAUCAAGAGCGUGGCAUCGAAGAUCACGACUGGCAGCAUCAAAGCGUGGAACAGUCCGACUCAUCAACGCACCUUGGCGCCAUCAGCAAAACAGUAACCCAGACUCGGGCUCUUUCAGAGGAGCAGCUCAUCCACAAAGCUGCACAGCUUCACUCCACACGACCUCGAAGGGGUGGUGUGUUCCGCGAUCUAAGCUCUCCCGCCCUCAGCGUCAUUACUUCCGUCUCGGGAAAGACAGGUUCCGCUCGCGCCGGAAGCAUCGCCACUUCCAUCACAAGUUCUCGGGGUACACCAACGGCCUUUCCAUGCACAUGGAACGGAUGCAGCAAAGUCUUUACGCGCAAGUCGACCUUGUCUGUCCACGUCCGAACAGCACACCUCGGCGAGAGACCGUUCGAGUGCUUGGGUUGCGGUCGCAGGUUUGCGCACAAACACCUCGUCUCUCGGCACCGCAGAGUCUGCACUGGUGCUCUAUCGUCGCCCGAACGGGGUGCCAGCGGCGGAAGUAGGCUUCGAUUUUCGACCGCGGAUGGCAGCAUGCAAAUGGACGCCGCAGACCAUCUGGAUCCAGCAGGAAGUGGAACAGUUCAUGCUGGUUCGUCGAAUAAUCCUUCAGAAACAAGCACUGACGAUGAUCAAGAGGAAGAUGAUCGGUUGCGGGCUGAAGUCGCCGCGAAAGAGACAUCGUCCGUGGUCAAGCCAAGGCUGCUCGACCUGCUCACGGGACGGGGCUACUCCACUUCUUCUGUCGACCUCACUGGACCGACAUCAAGCAAACGUCCGGCCGCCGAUGAUGGUGAAUCAGCAUCGCCCAAAAAGCGGCGCACCACGCGAGAUCGCGUGUUUGCAUGCCCUUGGAGCAACAUCUGCGCAGCGCUCGAUCAACAGAUGCUUGAUCCCGCCCUUCCCCUGUCCGGCAACGAAAGCAGAAAUCACCUUGCAUUGGAGCUUCAGCCUGAUUCCAUCCUGAAUUCUAGCACGCCUUGCGAGCAUCGCUUCAAACGACUUUACGAUUUGCGACGUCAUCUUCGAGCACAGCACGGUCUUGAUCUGACAACAGAAGAGCUCUCGACCAUCACACAUCGAACGGCUUGGACCAAUGUACUUCACUAA